AAAAACGUAAGAUGGCAGCCUGAUCGAUUUAUUUUCUAGCAGACGACUAAACAAACUGAACUGUCCCUGCUGAGUUGUUUGUUUUUUGACACCCCCAAAGAUUUUCUCGUAAAUAUUACUCUUCAAGUGAAACGGUAUUUUGUGAUUUUCUCUUCGCGUUAACGAAUAUCCGAUAUUUGAUUUCCUAACAGUUCACAGGUUCAGCAUGCAUUAUUAUCUCUAAGGCAGCUCUGAGAUCACCAAUAAUCUGAUAAUUUGUUUUUCAACGUAAGAUGCUACGAGCAAUGUACGAUUUCCAAGCGCCGUACGACAGUACACUGACAUUUGCUGAAAAUGAUCUUUUCGUGGUGUUGAAAAGAAACAACAAGGAUCACGAAUGGCUCCACGUUAUCAAACUGAACGGAGAGAAUGGCUAUGCACCUGCCAAUUACCUCACGGCAGCCGAUUGUACCAAGAUAGAAGAAAUCAAACACAUUGAUGAUAUUCUAGUUCGGAUUGCUUCUAGACGCACAGUCAGUCGUGACCAGGUGGCCGUCGUUGAGAACCUCAAGGAGUCGCGAGAAAAACUGGAAAAAGAACUGGAAGAUUUAGCAGCGAAACAAAUGUACGAAUUGACCUCACUAGUCCGCCAGAACACGAAAUGCACGUUCCGGCAAGCGCAAGGAGCCAUACUCGAAACUUUGAAAUACUUUCAAGAGAACGUUCUUCCGAUCCCGGACGGAAUCGAUCGCAUUUUGAAUACUGACACGGAGAAGAUUCCCAUGGAGGUCCGCCACUGCGGAGUAGAUAGUCAACACUUGGAUCGGCUGGUCGGCGCCAUCAUGGAAUUCGCCUCUGAUCAAGAAACUGAUGUCUCGGAAGAAACUUGGAAUGAAAUGUUGAAUCUAAUCACUCACGCCGAUCCCGCUCUGUUGAUUUCUGCUCUUGAACGUCACGAUUGUGCCUUGAUCCUUCAGCUGGUUCACCGUUUGCAAGCCGAAACGUCCUGGAGAAAGCGGAAACCCAUUCUGGCUAUUCUGUUCCACGCCCUGCAGUUACUGCCCACUUUCGUGAACGUGGCCAUCAACUCUGUGCUUCCUUCCGAAUUGGCCAGGGACAUCCAGACGACCUGCACUGUCCAGGACACCAAUAAAGACCGAGUCUACUGGUCGAUCCGAGUUCUCACCGUGACCUUAUGCUGCCGAGAACCUCUGUCUUUCGCCCAGCAAAACGAGCUCGGAGAAAACUUGGUGGAACUUCUAGUCAAUCUGUUGGAAAAUGAAUCCGUAUCGAUAGCCACGACCGAUGAAAGAGAUGACGAAUGUUUGACAAUCACCACGGCAGCCAUGCAUUUGAUUUUAGCCCUUUACCGGCAGUUUAACAUCGUGUCUUUGGAGAACAACCCAGUUCUGCUCUGUCUAGCCAGACGGAGCAUGUGCGACAGCCUGGUCGAAAAGAUCAUAUUACUCUACAAUAGAGAAGAUGAUCCCAUAAAACAAUACGUUGGCGAUGAUGAUAAUCAAACAGACGCUGUCUCCAACUUGAUGCUUGGACUAUUCUCAGGAGCCGAAACUGCCAAAUUGUUUUACACGGCCGAUUUGGAUGUAUUACUCGAUGUCAUUUUAAGACGCCUCGCUGAUUACGGUCCCGGAGAUAAGAGACGGUCCGAUGCCUUGCAGCUAUACUACGCAAUCCAACGGGUCAAAAGUCCGGAAUAUAAGAAACUCGAUUUCGCUAAAUGUUUAAAAGCCAUCAGUGAAGAGUCGGCCAGACUAGGUUCACCUUCUAAAGCUAUGCAACAAGACCACCACAAAAUACUUCAAAUUUAUCACGAGUUUCCCGAUUUUCUGGAUAUGGUUUAAAUCAUUUAAAUACUAAUUCGAAACAAAACAAAAAAACUAGUCCAAAAUACAUAUAACAUGUUUCACCAUCAAA